AUGACAGCAGCAGUAUACUGGGCAGCUGGGGCGGCUGCCGGCAUCGCUGAUGGCUGCGUGCUCGCCGUCGAGGAACUGUUUCCGUGGCCUGGUGGCGCCGUGCUAGGGGCGUGCGGGAUCGAGAGCCCGCGCUCGAAGAAGGCCCAGGGGCGGCGCGGCGGCGACCAGCAGCAGGCCAACGGCGCCACUGGCUCACCGGCCAAGAACCAGCUGUCUGUCACGGGCGACCGCGUGCUGUCCAAGGUUAACAGCUUCCCAGUCGAUGAUCUGGCAGACGACCUGGGUGCAGAGUCCGGCCCAGACGCCGGGGAGCCCAAGCCGCCACCCAUCCCCUCGUUCCGGCCGUCGCCGUCGCCGCUGCGGCGCGGCGGCGCUGAUGAUGCGGCCGGGGCGCUCAAGGUGCCCAAGCUUAAGCUGCCCAAGUCACCGCCUGACGUGGCGGGCCGGCAGGACACCACCGCCGCGGCCAGCGCCUCUGCAUCCUCCUCCCUCGCGUCCCCGCCCCCGCCGGUCAGCGCCCGCCUGACGGAGCAGGCCGUGCACCCCAUAAACGCGGCGUUCGAGGCGGCGCGGGGGCGCGGGGGCGGCGGCGGCGGCGCGGCGGACGAGCCGGACGCGCUCACGAUUGCCACGACCAACCGCUACACUUACGGCCUGGGGCCUGGGCAGGCGGCCAGCACCCCGCGCAGCGACGCGGCGGCGAGCGAGGGCGGCGGCGAGCACAAGAAGCGCGGCGGCCUGUUCAGAGCCCUGAGGCGCAAGGGCGGCAGCAAGGCCAACCAGGCGCUGCGCUGA